AUGAGUAACGGUAGCAGUGGCGAAUCGCCUGCGACAGGUGGCGACGACGCGAUAGCUGUCGCACGGCGUGUCGCACGGCAGCUGCUGGACUGCUACGGCCCGGCCGGGUGCGGCAUAGUGGCGAUUAAAGACGUGCCGCAUGUGGAGGCGGUGCGGCUGCAGUUGCUGCCUCUGGCCCGACGCCUCGCUCUAAUGCACCCGUCAUGCCGAAAUGUUUUUUUGCGGGAGCACGGAGUGGGUUCCGACCUGCCUCUCUCCAACCCCAAGCGCCCUGUCUCCUCCUUCUUUAUCAACGUGCCUCUGCCCUCUCGUCCUCGUCCUCCUCGCAGCACAGCGGCUGCUGCAGAGAGCAAGAGAGGCAUGCAGAGCGGCCAUGGGGCCAGUUUUCGGUCGCGCGUGGCACAGACAACGACAACGCGCCCUGAACAGCACCCCACAGCAACACCAACAAACAAUACUUGCACGGCACUGCCUUCAGCAUCACAACAACCAUCACAAGCAUCAUCACAACAAUCACCAUCACCAUCACCACCAUUAUCGUCUGACUGUCCUCCGCAACUUGAUCAUCCACUAACUUCCCUCCUCCCUUCUCUGCUGCAGCCUCCUUCCCAUGGUAUGUGCGCCAUCCCCACCGCCACCUCCCCUCCGCUCUCUCUCCUGCGCCCGCUCAUGCUCCGCCUGGCCUCGCACGCCUCCCAUGCUGCGCUGCUCGUCGCGCUGCUGUGUGACGCCGCUCUCAACCACUCCCUCUCGCCCUGCCCGCCCGGCGCGUCCAGCCUGCCAUGUCCGCACUCACUCGUCCUCCCGCGCGCACGCGUGGCAGGGAAGCGAGCAGCAGGCAGCAACUCGCCCUCUGCUGCUGCUUCUGUUCCUGGCUCUGCUGCACUGCCCGCAGGCCAAGGUGCGGUUUGCUGUGCAUGCAGCAGCAGUGAUGGUGGUGCUGCUGGAUGUGGCUUUGAGAGUGAGCCAAGGUGGGGAGAAGAGCAGCAGCAGCAGCAGCAGCAGCAGCAGCAGCAGCAGCAGCAGCAGCAGCAGCAGCAGCAGGAGAGAGGGGAGGUGCGUCUGGUGGAGGCGAUGGUCGGGGGCACAGGCAAGGCGCGGCUGAUUCACUACCAUGCAUGGGGGGAACUGGAGUGGGAGGGUGGUGGAGUGGAGCAGAGAGGGAGGAGGCGGAAGGGAAGGCGGGGCGGGGAUGAGAGUGGGUGCGGGCAGGUGGGGCAAGUUGGGCUGUGGCCUGUGUGUGAGCAUGUGCGGGGAGUGAGGGGAAAAAAGGGGGAGAAGGGAGGCGAGACAAGAAAAGGGCAUGUGGGACGGUGUGGUGUGUUGAGUGAGGAGUCAGAAGAGGGUCGUGCUGCUAUGGACUCACGAGGGGCCACCACAACCAGGCAAGGCCCUUCACGCGCCUCCAUCCCAUGCAGCUCGUCUCUCCCAUCCCACGUGCCCCUGUGGCAGCAGUGGCACUACGACUACGGCCUGUUCACUGCCCUUGUUGCGCCCCUCUAUGUGCCUGCUGCCUCCCCUUCUGACUUCCACCUCGCCUGCCCUCUCGCCACUGCCUCCCUGGCUUCCUCCUCUGACCUGUCUGCAUCGACAGCAGCUUCUCGAGUCACUUCUGAAGUUUUCACCACCACAGCCACUGACAGCAGCAACGCCAGCACCAGCACCAGCAGCACCACCGCCACCAGCAGCAGUGCCAGCGUUGCCACGGCCACAGCCGGUCUGCACGUAUGGGACCCACUCUCCCGCUCACCUGUACGUGUGGAGCUACCAGCGCGCUGUGUGGCCGUGCAGGUGGGCGAGGCAGCUCAGGUACUGUCAGGGGGUCGCCUCAGAGCUGCUGUGCACUGCGUGGUGCGACCAGGAGGGUGGGGUGACGCUGCUGGGGGAGAAGCAGAAGCAGGAGGGGCAGGGGCUGCAGCAGCAGGAGGGGCAGGGGCUGCAGCAGCAGGAGGGGCAGGGGCUGCAGCAGCAGGAGGGGCAGGGGCUGCAGCAGCAGGAGGGGCAGGCGAGGCGCUGAGCACAAAUCAUGCAGUGUUAUCAGGUAGUGGUGUGGCGUCAGGUAGUGAGGGGGGCACAUCAGGUGGGUCAGGAGCUGUUACGCAGACAACCAUGCAAACGGUGCCUGGAAAGGCUCUUGAGCUCUUUCAUGCUCAGGAGGAAUUUACACCUCAAGGCAGUGCAAGGGUUAGUGACGGCCGCAGUGGGGAGGCUGCUCCCUGUUCAGCGCGUGCCAUCCACCCCGCGUGUGCGUGGAGUCGUGACAUGCUUGCAGUGUUCCUCCAGCCCCCCUGGCACCUGCCCCUCUCCCCUCCUCCUGGCUUCCUGCCCUGUGAUGUCAUACAUGGCCUUCCUCGCUUCUCCUCCUCCUCCUCCUCCUCCUCCUCCUCCUCCUCCUCCUCCUCCUCCUCCUCCUCCUCCUCCUCCUCCUCCUCCUCCUCCUCCUCCUCCUCCUCCUUCUCCUUCUCCUCCUCCCCAUUUUCCUCCCUCCCAUCAACGUCUCCAUAUUCCCUCUGCACUCCCUCACUCACACCUCCUCCCCAUGCUUUUUACACCACCGCUGCACCUACACCCUGCACUUGGCAAGAGGCCCGUGCUUUCCAUGCCACUGCACGUGAAAUAGGCUCGGUGGUGCCGAGCCUAGAGGACCGGUGGAAGCCUGGUUGCUCGUUUGCUGAAUUCUCCCGAGCCACAACGCAAGGGUACUAUGGGUCGACAGGCACUCAGGCCAACAAGGUCACCACUGGCAGCAAUGCCAUGGAGAUGCGAGGCAACUGGUAG